AUACAAUUUUGUCACCUAUUCUGAAUUUCUGGUGCGAAUAUUCAAUAUCUGUGUAUUUAUCGAGAAUAUACAGACAGAUUUUUGAAAACUUCGGCUUUCUUUCAGUCCGCAAGCAAAUUUGGAGGAUUUCACCGUCACUAACAACCUUCUUCUCUCCGUUGCUAGGGUUUCAUCCAUCUCUGAGGACAGAGGCAUCUUCAAUUUCUAUAUCCACUGCAUUUCGCUUCGGAAAUGAUUUUUGUAUGAUUGCAGAGCAUAUGUAUGAUAUAUUUCCUAGGAAAUUUAAUUUCUGAUUACGUUUCUAGCUGCAAUACAUCGUUUUCUGCUGUGAAUACAAAUUUAUGGUAUUUGAAUGUUCGCUUUUGUGCUUUAUAAGUUAUGUUAGCUGACCAUUCUUCGUCACACGUGAAUUACACAUUCAAAUGCUGUGGUUUUGUUGCACUUUUAGGUUUAACAGGAUCGUGUAAAGUAUUGAGCCAGUUGAUUAGCGGCAGGUGAUUAUAGGUGUUGUUAACACCUAUUGUAUAGAGAUUCUUGGCUUUUGGCUGAAUUUUCAAUUGUGAAUUUCUGAGAAGCUGGAAAUGAGUGUUAUUGGGUUUGACGUUGGAAAUGAGAAUUGCGUUAUAGCAGUGGUGAGGCAACGCGGAAUUGAUGUGAUAUUAAAUGAAGAGUCGAAUCGAGAAACCCCAGCUGUGGUGUCAUUUGGUGAGAAACAGAGGUUUUUGGGCUCUGCUGGGGCUGCAUCUGCUACGAUGAAUCCUAGAUCAACUAUCUCUCAGCUUAAGAGAUUGAUUGGCAGGAAAUAUACAGAACCAUCAGUACAGAAUGAUCUGAAAUUGUUUCCCUUUGAGACAUCUGAGGGAGCUGAUGGUGGCAUCUUAAUUCAUCUGCAGUAUAUGCAUGAGAAGCACAGCUUUAGCCCUAUUCAAAUCCUUGCGAUGUUAUUUGCACAUUUAAAACAAAUUGCCGAGAAGAAUAUAGAGACACAAGUUUCGGAUUGUGUUAUUGGCGUACCUUCAUACUUCACAGACUUGCAGAGACGAUGUUAUUUGCAUGCUGCAGAGAUUGGUGGUCUAAAGCCAUUGCGGUUGAUACAUGAUUGCACUGCUACAGCACUAGGUUAUGGUAUUUACAAAACAGACUUUUCAGCUGGCAGUCCUACAAAUGUUGUUAUUGUUGAUAUUGGCCAUUGUGAUACUCAAGUUGUAGUGGCAUCUUUUGAGCAUGGACAUAUGAAGAUACUGUCUCAUGCUUUUGAUAGCGAGUUAGGGGGAAGAGACUUUGAUGAGGUUCUAUUCAGGCAUUUUGCUAGGAAUUUCAGGGAACAAUACAAUAUUGAUGUCUAUUCAAAUGCCCGGGCUUCUGUGAGACUGAGGGCAGCAUGUGAGAAAUUGAAGAAAGUCUUAAGUGCAAAUAUGGAGGCACCACUUAAUAUUGAGUGCUUAAUGGAUGAGAAAGAUGUAAGGGGUUUUAUUCGGAGAGAGGAAUUUGAGAAGCUAUCAUCUGAUUUGCUGGAGAAAAUUAGCAUUCCAUGUCAAAAGGCUUUACUGGACUCUGGUUUGCCUUUGGAUAAUAUUCAUAAUAUUGAGCUUGUGGGGUCAGGCUCCCGGUUACCAGCUAUUACUAAGAUUUUAACUUCCCUCUUUCGGAGAGAACCUAGUCGCACUUUGAACGCUAGUGAGUGUGUUGCACGUGGGUGCGCUCUUCAGUGUGCAAUGCUUAGCCCAACAUUUCGUGUUAGAGAAUAUGAGGUCCAGGAUUCUUAUCCUUUCUCCAUAGGGUUUGCAUCAGAUGGAGUCCCUAUCUGCUCACCAUCAAAUGGUACAUUGUUUCCUAAAGGUCAUCCUUUUCCAAGUGUGAAGAUGCUUACAUUGCACAGGAGCAAAACAUUCCACAUUGAAGCCUUUUACACAAACCAAAAUGAGCUGCCCUCUGGCGUAUCUACUAAAAUAAGCACUUUCAUGAUUGGUCCUUUCCAAGUUGACCAUUCAGAAAAAGCAAAGAUUAAAGUCAGAGUUCAGUUGAACGUACAUGGACUGGUUACUAUUGAUUCGGUGUCACUUGUGGAGGAUCAGGUGAGUGAUUGUGCUGCCGAAGAUUCUUUUACAGACAAGAGUGAGAGUGAUGAACCCAAAAAGGGUAAGGCCAUCAAGAGGCAAGAUUUACCCAUUAGUGAACACGUAGAUGGUGCAAUGACCCUUGCUGAGCUGUCCAUAGCUCAAGGAAAAGAACUUCAAUUUUCAGAGCAUGACAAGGAGGUGGAGCGGACUAAAGAUAAGAAAAACACUCUGGAGGCUUAUGUUUAUGAAACUCGUAAUAAGCUUUUGAAUACAUAUCGGAGCUUUGCAAAUGAUUUGGAAAGGGAUGAGAUCUCUAGUAAUCUGCAGCAGACUGAAGAAUGGCUCUAUGAAGAUGGAGAUGAUGAGUCUGAACAAGUCUAUUCUAAAAAGCUAGAGGAUCUUAAAAAGAUUGUAGAUCCAGUUGAACAUAGAUAUAUGGAUGAAGAAGCCCGGGCACAAGAAACACGAAAUCUACUAAACUGUAUAGUGGAAUAUCGAACUGCUGCAGAAUCUCUUCCAGCCAGUGAGAGAGAUGCUGUCAUCAAUGAAUGUGAUAAAGCAGAGCUGUGGAUUAGAGAUAAAUCCCAACAACAGGAUUCAUUACCCAAAAAUGCUAAUCCAAUACUGUGGUCAAGUGAAAUCAAGAAAAAAGCUGAUAUUCUUGAUGCGAUGUGCAAGCAUAUGAUGAGAUCCAAGUUUUCGCCAUCAAAUACUGACACAGCCAGAGAUUCACGCUGAAGAAGUAUAAGGGAUAAUACGGAUAUAGAGAUUGAUGCAAAGGAGUUGAACGUGAGAAGCUGUUACUCUAACUGGUCGAGGAUUAUUUAGACUUUCCACAAGUGAGAACUCUCAUUGGGAUGGUGCACAGAGUGUCACUUCUAUUUUUUUGCUGGUAGGAAUGCUCCAGUCAUUUUAUGCACAUUUUCUGGCGCCUGAAAACAAAUAGCCCCAAUUUUCUCUUUAAAAGUUCAAUUUCUAGAUUUCAUUGUUCAGUGUCCCAGACAUUCAUCAUAAAGGAGAAAACACAGAUUUUGAACAUUUUAUUCUCAUAGAUUUUGUACAUGAAAUUAGAUAUGUUCUGGUAAAUUACCACUCUUUUUGGCUUGGCUUUGAUGCUUUAAUGAUUUAUUGUCUCACUAUUACAGCAUA